UUUGCAUGUGCUCAAAAAGCAGGGUAAGUGCUCAAAGAGUAGAGUUAAAAAAAACAUAUAGAAACAAAAAUAAGAAAUUCAAAUUUCCAAGAGGAAUCUAAAAGAGAAUCAGCAUUCCUUGGCCUAUAGAUAUGAAAAAAUUGAGUAUGAACAGAGAAACAUAAGUGUAGCAAGCCUAGAACCUCAGUUUCCUCAGUUGCAAGAUUUGAUUCUCUGCCACUUCUCAUUUUUGCAGCAAAAUCAGAAACUUAUAAAAACUUGUUAUCAACCAACCAAGAUCAAUAAUGGCUGCAAACUGGCUUGAGCUUCAAACUGAAAUCCUGUUCUUAAUCCUCAAAAGACUUACUUUUCUCGACAUCAUUCGAUUCAAAUCGGUUUGUUACAUGUGGAACAAAGCCACAAGGUCUUACAUUUCUUCUCCAUUCUACUCUCCAAUAUUAACUCCAUUGCUGAUGCUUCCUAAUGAUGUAGAAUCCAAUGCUCGAAACUUCUUCAGUGUUACUGAGAACAAGUAUUACAAGAUCAACCACAACGUCUUCGAAGAGUUUUCGAAUGCUUGGUGCAUAGGAUCUUCACAUGGUUGGUUGAUUAUUUUCCACGAAAGAGAAAACUCUUAUCUUGUUAAUCCAAUUUCAGGAGUUAAAAUCCAUCUUCCAUUGAUGAACAACUUGAACAUGCCUCGUGACGAUCUACGAGGCUACAAGUAUUGUAUCUCUAAAGCCAUCCUCUUAUCUAAUCCAUGUCUUGGAGAAAGCGAAAAAUUAAGCUUUUGUGUUGUGGUGAUAUAUGGACAAUCUUCAAAAACACUUGCAUUUUGUAGAUCUGAAGACAGUACAUGGACUCAAUUUGGUGAUGAAGGAGUCUACCAAGAUAUGAUUUGCCACAAUGGUUUGCUCUAUGUUUUUUCCUUUACUAACCCUGUUGAAAUUUGGGAUUUUCAUAGUGAUUUUCCCAAGAAAGUGAUGGAACUAGAAAUUUCUUCAGCACUAAAUGCGUUGGUGGAGCAUCCUAACUAUAUGGAAAGCUAUUUGGUAGAAUCAAUGGGAGAGCUUUUGUAUGUGGUAGAAAUGCAAACUAAUGAAGAAGAAACUAUUAGAGAAUUUGCUAUCUGUAAGUUGCUUGAUGAUGGAGAAGAAAGAUGGGAACCUGUGGAAACUUUGUCUGAUCGAGCUCUCUUUCUAGGUAAAUACGAAUCGAUAUCGGUAUCAACCCAGAAUUGUCUAGAAGGAGUGGGAGAAAAUUUGAUUUACUUUACAUUGAGAAAGGACUACUCCAUAGGUGGUCACAGUAUUGGAGUCUACAACUUCAAAGAAAAAGAAAUGGUUAACAAACAGGUUUAUGAUCACUACUGCAUGAUUGUUGAUGAUGAUUCUCCAUUUGUGAUGUAUGAUCCUCCUUGGCCACUUUUUUGGAUUGUUCCUAAUCCAUGGUGAUGAUAUAUCUGGUGUGCAGCUGAUCAUGGGGUAGAUGAAGAAUUAAUUCUAUAUUAAUAUUAUUUUGGAUAGUAGAGGGAAAAAAAAAAAAAAAAAAAAAAAAAAAAAAAAAAAAAACUCUUUUCUUGUAGUAUUAUGGAUUGUCCCCUCUGUAGUUUGUUGUUAUAUUUUAUCAGGUUUAUUUUCUUCAGUCAUUUGCAGAA